CGCACACAAGAUAAGCGACAAAAAAAUUAACUCCGGUCGAAGAUAUAAAGAAGAUUGGUAUUCUAUGCAUCCUUUUUGGUUUCAUUGCUCUGAUUUUGAUCGUUUUUACCAGAAACCCUAGGAGAGAGAAUAUCGAAUUUGGGGAUUUCCAGAUUCAAUCUGAUUCUUGAACGAUGAAGGGACUUUUCAAAUCCAAGCCACGAACUCCGGCGGAGAUUGUUCGUCUUACUCGCGAUCUUCUUGUUCAAUUUGAUAUGGAUACUAUUCGCGAGAGCAAGCGCGAUGAGAAGAUGGUAGAGCUAAGCAAGCACAUUCGCGAACUGAAAUGUAUUUUAUAUGGAAAUAGCGAAUCAGAGCCAGUUGCAGAGGCUUGCAUGCAGUUGACACAAGAGUUCUUUAAAGAGAACACAUUACGUUUGGUGAUCAAUUGUAUUCCCAAAUUGAACCUGGAGGCUCGUAAAGAUGCCACUCAAAUUGUUGCUAAUUUGCAGAGGCAGCAAGUUCAAUGCCGUUUAGUCGCUUCUGAUUACCUGGAGAGAAACAUAGAUCUGAUGGAUAUUCUAAUGACAGGAUAUGAAAACACAGACAUGUCCCUACAUUAUGGUUCCAUGUUGAGGGAGUGCAUACGUCAUCAAGUUGUGGCGAAAUAUGUAUUAGAAUCAGAGCAUUUGAAGAAGUUCUUUGAAUUCAUUCAGCUCCCAAAUUUUGACAUUGCUGCUGAUGCUGCUGCAACUUUUAAGGAACUCUUGACCAGGCAUAAAUCUACAGUAGCUGAAUUUCUUUCGAAGAACUAUGAUUGGUUCUUUGCAGAGUAUAACUCAAAACUGCUGGAAUCUAGCAACUACAUUACCAGAAGGCAAGCAGUCAAGCUGUUGGGGGACAUGUUACUUGAUCGUAGCAAUGCUGCAACCAUGACGAAAUAUGUGAGCUCCAGGGAUAAUCUACGGAUACUUAUGAAUCUUCUAAGGGAGUCAAGCAAGACCAUCCAGAUCGAAGCAUUUCAUGUUUUCAAGCUAUUUGCUGCAAAUCAAAAUAAGCCAGCUGAUAUCACCAACAUCCUUGUUGCAAAUAAGAGCAAGCUUCUUCGAUUACUAGGCGAACUCAAGACUGAUAAAGAGGAUGAGCAAUUUGAUGCAGACAAGGCCCAAGUCAUGCAGGAAAUCGCUUCUCUUGAACCCAAAGAGCUUGCAUAAGGCUUUCUUUGUUGUAUGUUUAUUACCAUUUCCCAUUGUUUAUUUCUCCAGCCCCCUUUUUCUUUUUCUUCAACCCCUUUUCCAAAACAUAAGCCUGUGAAUUCAGCAGCACCUUGUCGCCAUCUGUAUGGCACAAGUAUCUAUCAUCUUCAACUGUCCCGUUUUAUUUUCUCUUUUCCCCUCGUCCACCAGAUACCAAGUAGAACAUAGCUUCCGGUUCUCAGUAUCUUGUAAUUUUGAGUUAAUAGAGAACACCUUUUGUAUUUAAAUAACAAUGGCGAAGGUAAAUAUGUUUGAUUCGAGUUCAAA